AUGACAAACAGUUCUAUUUUCUGUCCAGUUUACAGAAAUCUGCAGCCGUUCACAUAUUUCUUUUAUUUAGUUUUCCUUAUUGGAAUUAUUGGAAGCUGUUUCGCAGCCUGGGCAUUCACACAGAAAAACACAAAUCAUAGAUGUGUAAGCAUAUACCUAAUUAAUUUGCUGACAGCCGAUUUCCUGCUGACUCUGGCAUUACCAGUGAAAAUUGUUGUUGACUUGGGCAUGGCACCCUGGACGCUGAGGAUAUUCCACUGCCAAGUAACAGCCUGCCUCAUCUACAUUAAUAUGUACUUAUCAAUUAUCUUCUUAGCAUUUGUCAGCAUUGAUCGCUGUCUUCAGUUGACCCAUACCUGCAAAAUUUAUCGAAUACAAGAACCUGGAUUUGCCAAAAUGAUAUCGACUGUUGUGUGGGUAAUGGUCCUUCUCAUAAUGAUGCCAAACAUGUUGAUUCCCAUCAAAGACAUCAAGGAAAAGCCAAAUGUGGGAUGCAUGGAAUUCAAAAGAGAGAUUGGAAGAAAUUGGCAUCUGAUGACAAACUUCAUAUGUAUAGCUAUAUUUUUAAAUUUCUCAGUCAUCAUUUUAAUGUCAAACUGCCUUGCAAUUCGAGAACUCUACAGAAACAAAGAUAAUGAAAAUUAUUCAAAUGUGAAAAGAGCCCUCAUCAACAUACUUUUAGUGACUACAGCCUACAUUAUAUGCUUUGUUCCUUACCACAUUGUCCGAAUCCCAUAUACUCUCAGCCAGACCGAAGUCAUAUCUGACUGCCAGACUAGGAAUUCACUCUUCAAGGCCAAGGAGGCAACGCUGCUGCUGGCUGUGUCGAAUCUGUGUUUUGACCCCAUCUUGUACUAUCACCUCUCAAAGGCAUUCCGCUUAAAGGUCACUGGGACUUUUGUUUCACAUAAGGACAGCAAGGCUCAGAAAGAAAAAUCAAGUAAUGAAAAUGAUGUAUAA